GUGACAUUGAGCUCAAGAAUAUUAGCUUGCGACCUGAAGCGCUUAGACGCCUGCAGUUACCAGUUGUAAUAAAGUCAGGAAUCGUAAAGGCCUUGCGCGUUCAGAUACCAUGGAAGAGCCUCGGAAGGUCAUCAAUAGUCAUUCAUCUGGACGGACUUGAGCUCUUACUUGGACCCAACGAGUCUGUCUUUCUUGAUCCGGCAUCAUCUCUGAACGCCAAGCGCAAGCGCGUUCAAGAUGCAGAGGAGCUGAUCCUGUCUCGACGCGAUGCCAGCGUCGGAAAAGACACCGGAGAUACCAGAACCUGGCUGAGCACCAUUGUGGAUGGUGUGAUCGGGAACCUCAAGCUAAGCAUCUCCAACAUACACGUUCGAUACGAAGACUCAUUGAGUGAAAUCCAUGGACCUGCAGCUGUGGGGAUCCAACUUGACAGGCUUGCUGCCUUUUCCGUUGACAAGGAUGGAAAGGAAACUUACGUGUCCGGUGGAGAGCUUGAUUGCACUAGAAAGGCUCUGGAGCUACAUGGUCUAUCAGUGUAUUGCCAGCCAUCAUUGAAUGACGUGACGACUGCAUCAAGCGAUCGCUGGCAGUUUUCAACAUCUGAAUAUUUGGUCGAGCCUUUGAAUGGAGCAGCAUCAUACAGUCGUGCAGGAAAGAACCAGACUGCGUUCUCGGGCACCCCUCAACAAGAUCUCACAGUGACGCUUGACAGUGUUUCAUUUGCGCUUUCGGAGGACCAGUAUCGGCUGAUUAUGAAGCUUGUUGACAAGUUUGCAGCUGCCCAACGGCGACAAGAGUUGGCUGAUAUCCGACCUUCGUGCAGCAUUCAAGAAUGUCCUUCAGCAUGGUGGACAUUUGCAAUAAAGGCAACAAUGAAGAAAAUCAAGAAGGGGCGAUCCUUCACGGACUGGAAUGAGCUUAUUCGCCGCACCAGAAUAAGGAAUGCAUACAUCCCCUUGUAUGCCAAGCACCUUCUCCGAAGAGCUGUCCAAAAGCCCUUUGAAAGGAAUCAGGAGCUUUUGUCCUUGGAGACGGAUGUUGAACCAGAGGUUUUGCUGCAGUGGAGGCUUGUCGCUCAUGAGCUCGUCUCACAAGAAAUGAAAAAACAGAAGGGGAAAGCUUCUAGAAACACUGCCCUCCCGGCCCAGCUUGAUGCUGAAGACUGGACUCAGUUGCAAGCGCUAUUACCCGAGGCUACAAACAGCGAGACCACAGUUUCUGAGAUUGUGCAUACACGGUGGUCUGUUCAUGUGAAGGAAAGCAGAUCAGUUAUCAAGGAUUCCCAUGGCGUUUCCCUUUUGAGCCUCAACUGCAAGAGGAUUCAAGUUGCAUCCAGUAUGCAUUUGGAAACCACAGAUAUCCAUGUUCAAGUUGGACCAUACUGUGUGGAAUCACCAGAGGGAGCACUUUUUUGGAGUGGGCAAGGGCCAGAGAACACCCUGGAUUUUCUAUGUGUGAUGCAUCCCAAGGGACAGAACUUGGACUGGUUAUUGCAUGGCUCAGUUCAGCAGGCUCAUGUUCUGUUCAUCAAGUCAAGCUUGGACCGCAUCAUUGAAUUCUUUCAGAGUAACGACGCCUUGAGUCCUGCUCUUGCAUUGGACACUGCUGACGCUUUUGAGCAAACUGUUGAAGAAAUCAAACGCCAGGCUCAGGCACAGCUGACGAACUUCAUGCGCUCUGUUUCCCGAUUUGAGGCUGUCCUUGAUGUGUUUGCUCCUGAAAUCACAGUCCCAUCUCUGUCCGAAGGCUUCCAAAGCACCAAAUUGGUGUUAAAUCUUGGCCAUCUUUUCCUUGAUUCAAGGGCGCAGCCAAACCAUGCAUCCACAUCAACCACGACCUCAGACCUGUACAUGAAGUUCCAUGCCAAAUUGGAAAACGUUUCAGCCUGUUUCCAGAUUGUCAACGCUUCUGCUAGUCUUGGGUACCAACCUGCAGCCACAGAAUCACAUACACUGAAAUCGAUUCCUGUGCUGGAAGACUGCACUUUCGUGUCAUCAAUUGAACAGAUCUGGGUACCUCAGCCUGAUUUUCCAACUUUGAGGAUCAGUGCAAGGGCUCCAUCUCUGGAAGUUCACUUUUCUCCUGAGAUACUCCAUUGCCUUUUGAGAUCAGCUGAGGCUUUGCAGGGAUGUGAUUCCCAAACUGCAUCUGUUGUGCCUUGGGAGUCUGCUGACUACAAAGGCUGCAUUCACGUUCUCAUAAGACAGGGCAUAUCUAGUACUGAAAUUGCUUGGCAAAAGAGGGUGGGGGCUGUGGCUGGGCCCUUUCUGUACAUACUACCCCUGGAAAAUAGUCGUUCCUACAAGCAGCGGAUCAGCCUUCGAAACAAGAUUCUUCUCUGUCUUACACAAAAUGGCACCGGUGGGCUGGAGAAUGCCCUUGUGAUUUGCCCUCCUGGCUGCACUGAGGAGAAGGCUGUGAGAACCUCAACCGCCAUGCUUUUCAAGCCAGAUUCUGCGGUGGCUUAUGAAGCUUGGAAGUCCAUCUUGCUUUCUGCCAUUCACCGAGCCUCUGAUACAGCAUUGUCUCAGUUGAGUGAAGUCUCGUCGCUGGGGUCCCAACACCAGCCACAUGUCCGACCAGCUGAUUCUGUGGCGGUGUUCUUUGUUGGAGAAAUGGGUACUUUGCGGAUGACAUUGCAUGGGAAGAAUCGUCACCUUCCGGAUGUGCACUCAGUGACUGAGACUCCCCUUGUGGUUCUUGAGGCCUCGAGUGCUGUGGUCGAAACCACACUCCUUGAAAACGCUGACCUUAUUCUUGGAGUGGCUCUUUCAUCACUUGAAGUCAAAGAUCUUGUCUCGUGCGAUGCUGGGCCGGCAUGCCGGUUUCUUGCUCGAUCCAGCGAAAUGUUGAGAACCCCCAGCAUGCCAAAGGACUGGUCUCUAAAUAAGGAAGAGACGAGUGAGGUGUUUCAUGAUGCCAAUGAAUUGUCAUUUCCGACGCAUCCAUCGCAAGAAACGAGUGGUCACCGGUCGAGCAUGUCAGACUAUUACGAUGCUGUGGACUUUCCAGUGGAUGGUGGAGAUAAGCCGCUGACAGCCGACGAAGUUCCUUCUCUUGAAAGCAGGCCUGCCUUGUUGGACCGACCUUGGAAGAGAACAAGUGCUUUUGUGCAAGUCCAGUACAUCAUGCGCGUUCCAGAUUCUCCAGAGUUUUCCGGCGUGAAUGCUGAGCUAAUAUUGGACCUGAGUGGCUUGAGCUUUUAUUGCAACCGACCCACUGUCCUGGCACUGAUUGGAGUGUCCUUUGACAUGGCCGCUGUGCCCACUUUUGCACCCGAACCAGCAAAGUCACAACCUGGAAGUGCAGCAGAUCCUAGCUCUCUACCAGUGAAGGCAGCAGUAGCAGAGGAGAAAGAGACGACACUUUUCAGGUUGACUCUUGGUGUGGGGGACUUGCGGAUUACUUUGAAUGGAGAUAAUGGCCUUCCCCUUGCAGUGCUCACAAAACAGAAGCUUAUGUUCCAGUUACAGGUCUGUGCAAGCUCGUUUCUGCUUGAUGCUGAGCUUGGUCAGCUGCGAAUCUGCGACCUCAGCUUGGGUGAAGGCCACCAAUAUGGCCUGAUGUUUUCCCCAAGAAGCACUGAAGGCCAAUCGUUUGCAAAGAUUAUGCUGACAAUCUCCAGCAUUAGUUCAAACGGAGGUGGUUCCGAAUACUCUCUCAGUGUGCAGACCUCUGAAAUUCGAGUGGUCUACCUUAACCGUUUUAUUCAAGAAGUUACAUCAUACCUUUCCGGGCUCUCACCACCACCUGAAGAAGACACAGAGCAGGUUCUUCAUUCUCCUGAAUCUGUCAAAGACCCGUCUGCACAUGCUGUCGAUGCAACAGUAACACCAAUCAAGCUCGCUGUCUUGUUUGGCGAGUUACUGCUGCUGCUCCCAGAAUCCUCCUCAAGCGAAAACUACCUUGAGUUCGAUGUGGGAAGGCUGGAGAUUUCAAACUCGAUUGAAGUCUUGAAGCUUCUAGGUGAUGGCAAGUCAAUUCACGAUGUUAGCCUGGACGUCAUGAAAGUGGAGAUUGAUGGCAUUCGCCUGCAUGCGAUGACCAAGGGUCAUGUCACUUACAAUAUGAUCGAGAGGCUUGUGGGCCUUCAGGUGUUUAUUGAGAGACCUUUGGGUGAUCCCACUGGCCUCAUGCCUGGCUGCCAUAUUUCAGUGAAGGUUGGGCAUCUCCAAGGAGGAAUGUGCAGUGCAGAGUAUGCAACUGUUCUUGACUGUGUUUCUGGAAAUUUUUCUGAAAUGCCACGGUCGACCUUGGUUUCCACUGCAGCACGUGAUUCCACUCCAGUGGCAUCUGUGGCACCAUUGAAGCAUGUGGAUUUGAAGACAUCUGUCCAUAUCCAGUCCCUUGCACUCCUCCUGUAUGAAGGAUCUUCACGUGAAGCCACAUUCGCCAAACUUCAGGUUUCCAAUUUAUCUCUUCGCCACUUCCUGCACAGCGGAGGCAUCUCGCAGUUGUUUCUGUCUAUUUUUCAGGUUUUCAUCAAAGACCUGACCCCUGGAGUCGCAGCAGAGGAGCGCUGGGUUUUGGGGAUUGUUGACGACAUGGAAGGAGUGAUGUCAACAGUGGGAUCUGAAAGUGCAUCUUCUGCUGAAUGGCCAACUCAUCUCUCUUUGCCUCCUCGUGAACAAAGUGGGGCUGAGCAUAUCCAUCCGUCACUGCCGAUGCUGAUUCUGGAAUCUGAGUUCACAGGUGAUGUCCAGAGCAUGUCGCUUAGGAUUCAGCGUCCUCGGCUGCUGCUGGCUCCGCCAUUCAUCUCCCACCUUUCAAGUUUCUUCACUCGCUCUGAGGAUGUUGAAGCUGUAUCUGCUGCUGUUCCUCGAUGGGAAGAUGCUUUUCACCUUCACACACCAUACACGCUUCAGCAAGCGCCUGGUGUUUUAGAGAUUUCCUCUCAGAAGCCUCUUGUUGCUGAUGCGCCUGGUGUGUCAAGUUUUACUUUUGAUGGGAACGGGGGUUUUAUCGAACUGCUGGCUGCUGGGCUCACCGAAGCUACUGCUGCUGAAGCUUCUCUUAUCAUCGUCGGCCCAGGAAAACACCUCCGAUUUAAGAAGGUCCACAUCUAUGGAGCUGAAUGGCUUGCCUGUGUGGUCAAACUGGGAGUCAGAAGUAGUUAUUCAGUGGAUGAAGCUGAUGGUGUCAAAUUGCUGCCGAUGCGCCCAAAAGAUCGACCGUCUCAGCAGCUUGACAAGCCCAGAUCUCCGCAGCAUGUGCCGGAACCAUCUUCUGGGCAUUGGAAGUUCAAUCUCCAAGCAAUUGGGUUCGAGUUAAUUGCCAUAGAUCAGGCACGAUGGGCAGCAAUACAAUUAUCUUCUCCAGAGAAUCUUUUGAGGCUCAAGGCUUCUCUGUAUCUCAGCAUUCAAACUGUGCGAGGCAUGUCGGAGGUGAACGUCGCAGUCAGGUCAUCCGGGAUCAGCACAGGCUCAGGGUUGUGCGUAGUAGAGCCUGUUGAUUCUAGAAUGAGGUUCACAUCCUCAACAGGCUACACGGACAUCCAGUUUUCAGUUUCUGAUCUGCAUAUGCACUUCACGUUCAACACGCUGGAGCUCAUCCUGAGGAUGCAGGAGAAGUACAUGAGCUCCGUGUACAGUGUUGCUGAAAAUCCUCGGCAUUUGUGCUUGCAGUUCAAGAAGGUGUGGGCCUAUGCAGGGAGGUCUGACAUGCAGAGGAUUUCGUUUUGGAGACCAAUUGCACCACCAGGGUUUGUUGUGCUGGGUGACUGCCUGACAACAGAUGAUGCUCCCCCAACCAGAGGGGUGUUAGCUGUCAGCCUGGCAGGCGGCUAUGUGAAAAAACCAGUGUCAUUUGCGAAGAUAUGGUCAUCCGAGGAGGGAUCUGAUGUCUCAUCAAGUCCAGAGUGCUCUGUGUGGGAGCCAAUCCCUCCCCCUGGAUUUGUGGCUGUAGGUUGUGUUGCCCAUCCAGGAUCACAACCUCCCUCAGCGUCUGCUGUGUACUGCAUAGAAGCAUCGCAUGUGUUCCCUGCAGCACUUCGUGGCUGCAUAACGGUGCAAGU